AUUUCCCACCCUUUGAAUUUUGGUUUGUCUUGUGAUUUGUGUUGACCAAUAGAAUGUGAUAGAAAUGGUGUUCAAGUUCCAAAGCUUAAACUGCAGGUGGUCUUGUGGUUUCUGCCCUUGCCCUUUUGAAAUGAGUCUAAGGCUUCUAAAGCCCACUCUAGCCUGCUGGAAAAAGAGAGGCCACACAAAGCAGAGAGAUGAGUCGCCCCAACUGAAGCUUCCUAGAUCUGACAGUCACCAGCACCUUUGAGACACAUAAGUGAGGCCAUGUUAGACCAUCCAAUCCCAGUCAAGUUCAGAUGACUAACUACAUGAGUGGCUCCAAGCCAAGAUCAGCAGAAGAACUGCCCAACUAAAUCCAACUCAAAUUGCUGUGAGCAAAUAAAAAAAAAAAAAGGUCAGUGUCCUAAGUCACUAAAUUUUUGGUGGUUUGUUAGGCAUCAAUGGAUGACUGACCCAGAAAUUGAUACCUAAAGGUGUAAUACUGCCCUAACAAAAAAGUAAAAUAUAUGGCAUUGGCUUUGAGACUGGCUCGUAGGUGGAGGCCAGAAAAAUGGUAAGGAGGUUGUUAAUGAAGGCUGGAAGAAUGGUGAACAAACUUUUACUACAGAUUGGAAAGGUAGUGAGGGAAAAGGUAAUCCAUGUUCUGUAAUAAUGAAACAGUUACCUGAGGUAACUUGGAAGGUAGAAGCUGUAUUUAAUGAACUUGUAUACCUAGUUAAGGAGAUCUUUUCAGAUAAAGUAUUAAAAGUAUCUGUUGAAUGCUUUUGGUUGCUUUUGCUAAGGAACUCUAAAAGAGAGAUGAACUAAAGAAGAUGUUUCAGACUUGCUGAGUUUGAAAAUAGAACUGUUUCUCAUUCCCAGUCUCUCCAGCAGGCAAAAGAUUUUCAAAGUUAAAAAUGACUUCAGGGUAAAGGCCAAAUCAAGAGUGCCUGGGAGAUCCUUUAAGCCCUCUCUCAGCUAGAAAAAAGGGCUUCUAAGAAUUUUAAAGAUGUUGCCCCACAGCAGCCUGACAUGCCUGAGGUAUAGAGGGGACUGUGCAGAAAAGUUAUGGAUAUGUUUUUGGGGCAAGGAGUGUUUCCAGUGUGAUUCAUAAGAAAACCACAAAGUUUUCAAGAACUUAUAUUGAUGAAUGCACCAAAGGGACUAAAAGGGACAGAGACAGUUCAAACUUCAAAGAGGGCUCUGGGCCUUCAGUUUUCUAUGAAUAGGAAGCAGACUGGGAAAGUUGUUCAGCUGUAAACAUCAGUCAUUUCUGAUAAUAAGAGAGAUUUUUCAGAUUGUGGAGCCAGGACUCUAGAGGGCAGCUAAGAGCAAAGGGGAGCCAUGGAAUAGGGAAUCACUCCUGGGGAGCAGAACAAGACCAUAAUAAGAAAGCAAAACAAACAACAAAAAAAAAAUGCCAUGUGCCUCGAGUAAGGGAACCUGACACUACCUGCCCAUCUGAAUUUCAGAAUUGUUGUGGACCAGUGACCACUUUGUACCUCCUAUCCUUUUUUCUUUGAGCAGGAGUAUCUUUUACAGUUAUCCUCUCCCCAUCUCAUCAUUAAAUGUUGGGGGUGUUGGGGGCAGAUAACUUGUCUUUUUAGUUUCCAGAUCUUUGGAUCAAGAGCAACCGAGGAGCUGCACCCAAGGGAGUCUCUUUUGCUUGUGGACAUGACUUGUGAGAAAAUGGACCUCAAGCCUGAUGCCAUGAUUGGAUGACUUUGGGGGUCUUGGGAGGGGGUUCAAGCUGAAGUCCCUGGAUCUCCUAUCUUUGUGAUGAGACUAGCCAAACAAUCUCGUCAUCUGGAGGUGCAGAUCUUAGCAGAUCAGUAUGGCAAUGCUAUCUCUUUGUUUGGUCGUGAUUGCUCUGUACAGCGCAGGCAUCAGAAGAUUAUUGAAGAGGCACCUGCUGCUAUUGCUACUCCAGCAGUAUUUGAACAUAUGGAACAGUGUGCGGUGAAACUUGCCAAAAUGGUUGGUUAUGUGAGUGCUGGGACUGUGGAAUACCUCUACAGCCAGGAUGGCAGCUUCUACUUUCUGGAGCUGAACCCUCGGCUACAGGUGGAGCACCCUUGUACAGAGAUGGUGGCCGAUGUCAAUCUCCCUGCGGCGCAACUUCAGAUUGCCAUGGGGAUCCCUCUGUACAGAAUCAAGGAUAUCCGUAUGAUGUACGGGGUAUCUCCCUGGGGUGACGCUCCCAUUGAUUUUGAAAAUUCUGCUCAUGUUCCUUGCCCAAGGGGCCAUGUUAUUGCUGCCCGGAUCACUAGUGAAAAUCCAGAUGAGGGUUUUAAGCCCAGCUCAGGAACAGUUCAGGAACUGAAUUUCCGCAGCAAUAAGAACGUUUGGGGUUAUUUCAGUGUUGCUGCUGCAGGGGGACUUCAUGAAUUUGCUGAUUCUCAGUUCGGUCACUGCUUUUCCUGGGGAGAAAACCGAGAGGAAGCAAUUUCAAACAUGGUGGUGGCUUUGAAGGAACUAUCUAUCCGGGGUGACUUUCGAACUACAGUCGAAUACCUGAUCAAGUUGUUGGAGACUGAAAGCUUUCAGAUGAAUAGAAUUGACACUGGCUGGCUGGACAGACUGAUAGCAGAAAAAGUACAGGCAGAGCGGCCUGACACCAUGUUGGGAGUUGUGUGUGGGGCCCUCCACGUGGCAGAUGUGAACCUGCGGAACAGCAUCUCUAACUUCCUUCACUCCUUAGAGAGGGGUCAAGUCCUUUCUGCUCAUACACUUCUGAAUACAGUAGACGUUGAACUUAUCUAUGAGGGAGCCAAGUACGUGCUGAAGGUGACGCGACAGUCCCCAAACUCCUACGUGGUGAUCAUGAACGGCUCGUGUGUGGAAGUAGAUGUGCAUCGGUUGAGUGAUGGAGGACUGCUCUUGUCCUAUGAUGGCAGCAGUUAUACCACGUACAUGAAGGAGGAGGUGGAUAGGUAUCGCAUCACAAUUGGCAAUAAAACAUGUGUGUUUGAGAAGGAAAAUGACCCUUCGGUGAUGCGCUCACCUUCUGCUGGGAAGUUAAUCCAGUACAUUGUGGAGGAUGGAGGCCAUGUGUUCGCUGGCCAGUGCUAUGCUGAGAUCGAGGUGAUGAAGAUGGUAAUGGCCUUAACAGCUGCAGAGUCUGGCUGCAUUCAUUACGUCAAGCGGCCUGGAGCAGUUCUUGACCCAGGCUGUGUAAUAGCCAAAAUGCAGCUGGACAACCCCAGCAAGGUCCAGCAGGCUGAGCUUCACACAGGCAGUCUGCCGCAGAUCCAGAGCACAGCACUCAGAGGCGAGAAGCUCCAUCGAGUGUUCCACUACGUCCUGGAUAAUCUGGUCAACGUGAUGAAUGGAUACUGCCUUCCAGAUCCUUUCUUUAGCAGCAGGGUUAAAGACUGGGUUGAACGGUUGAUGAAGACCCUCAGAGAUCCCUCCUUGCCUCUCCUAGAACUGCAAGACAUCAUGACCAGCGUCUCUGGUCGUAUCCCCCCCAAUGUGGAGAAGUCUAUCAAGAAGGAAAUGGCUCAGUAUGCUAGCAACAUCACAUCCGUCCUCUGUCAGUUUCCCAGCCAGCAGAUCGCCAACAUCCUAGAUAGCCAUGCAGCUACGCUGAACCGGAAAUCGGAACGGGAAGUCUUCUUCAUGAACACUCAGAGCAUCGUCCAGCUGGUGCAGAGGUACCGCAGUGGCAUCCGAGGCCACAUGAAGGCUGUGGUGAUGGACCUGCUGCGGCAGUACCUGCGAGUAGAGACACAAUUCCAGAAUGGUCACUAUGACAAAUGCGUGUUCGCCCUUCGGGAGGAAAACAAGAGUGACAUGAACACUGUACUGAACUACAUCUUCUCUCACGCUCAAGUUACCAAGAAGAAUCUUCUGGUCACAAUGCUUAUUGAUCAGCUGUGUGGCCGGGACCCCACUCUCACUGAUGAGCUGCUGAAUAUCCUCACGGAGCUCACUCAACUCAGCAAGACCACCAAUGCUAAGGUGGCACUCCGAGCACGCCAGGUUCUUAUUGCCUCCCAUUUGCCAUCAUAUGAGCUUCGCCAUAACCAAGUAGAGUCCAUCUUCCUAUCAGCUAUUGACAUGUACGGACAUCAGUUUUGCAUUGAGAACCUGCAGAAACUCAUCUUGUCCGAAACGUCAAUUUUCGAUGUCCUGCCAAACUUCUUCUAUCACAGCAACCAGGUUGUGAGGAUGGCCGCACUGGAGGUGUAUGUUCGAAGGGCUUAUAUUGCCUAUGAACUUAACAGUGUACAGCACCGCCAGCUUAAGGACAGUACCUGCGUGGUGGAAUUCCAGUUCAUGCUGCCCACAUCUCAUCCAAACAGAGGGAACAUCCCCACGCUAAACAGAAUGUCCUUCUCCUCCAACCUCAACCACUAUGGCAUGACUCACGUAGCUAGUGUCAGCGACGUGCUGCUGGACAACUCAUUCACUCCCCCGUGUCAGCGGAUGGGCGGAAUGGUCUCUUUUCGGACUUUUGAAGAUUUUGUCAGAAUCUUUGAUGAAGUGAUGGGCUGCUUCUGUGACUCCCCACCCCAAAGCCCCACAUUUCCUGAGGCAGGUCACACAUCUCUGUAUGAUGAAGACAAGAUCCCCAGGGAUGAACCAAUUCACAUCCUGAAUGUGGCCAUCAAAACUGACUGUGAUAUCGAGGAUGACAGGCUAGCAGCUAUGUUUCGAGAGUUUACCCAGCAAAAUAAAGCUACCCUGGUUGAGCAUGGAAUCAGGCGCCUUACUUUCCUGGUUGCACAGAAGGAUUUCAGAAAACAGGUGAACUAUGAGGUGGAUCAGAGAUUUCACAGAGAAUUCCCUAAGUUUUUCACCUUCCGAGCAAGGGAUAAGUUUGAGGAAGAUCGUAUCUACCGUCACCUGGAGCCUGCCCUGGCUUUCCAGUUAGAGCUGAACCGGAUGAGAAACUUUGACCUUACUGCCAUCCCAUGUGCUAAUCACAAGAUGCACCUGUACCUCGGGGCAGCCAAGGUGGAAGUGGGCACAGAAGUGACAGACUACAGGUUCUUUGUUCGUGCAAUCAUCAGACAUUCUGAUCUGGUCACCAAGGAAGCUUCCUUUGAAUAUCUACAAAAUGAAGGGGAGCGUCUGCUCCUGGAAGCCAUGGAUGAGUUGGAAGUCGCUUUUAAUAAUACAAAUGUCCGGACUGACUGCAACCACAUCUUCCUCAACUUUGUGCCUACAGUCAUCAUGGACCCAUCAAAGAUUGAGGAAUCUGUGCGGAGCAUGGUAAUGCGCUAUGGAAGUCGGCUGUGGAAAUUACGCGUCCUCCAGGCAGAGCUGAAAAUCAACAUUCGCUUGACACCAACUGGAAAAGCAAUUCCCAUCCGCCUCUUCCUGACAAACGAGUCUGGCUAUUACUUGGACAUCAGCCUGUACAAGGAAGUGACUGACUCCAGGACAGCACAGAUCAUGUUUCAGGCAUAUGGAGACAAACAGGGACCAUUACAUGGAAUGUUAAUCAACACUCCAUAUGUGACCAAAGACCUCCUUCAAUCAAAGAGGUUCCAGGCACAGUCCUUAGGGACAACAUACAUAUACGAUAUCCCAGAGAUGUUUCGGCAGUCCCUGAUCAAACUCUGGGAGUCGAUGUCCACUCAAGCAUUCCUUCCAUCACCCCCUCUGCCUUCAGACAUGCUGACGUACACUGAGCUCGUGUUGGAUGAUCAAGGUCAACUGGUCCACAUGAACAGACUUCCAGGAGGAAAUGAGGUUGGCAUGGUAGCUUGGAAAAUGACCCUGAAAAGUCCUGAAUAUCCAGAAGGCCGAGAUAUCAUUGUUAUUGGCAAUGACAUCACGUACCGAAUUGGGUCCUUUGGACCCCAGGAGGAUUUGCUGUUUCUCAGAGCUUCUGAGCUUGCCAGGGCAGAGGGCAUCCCACGCAUCUAUGUAGCAGCCAACAGUGGAGCAAGAAUUGGACUGGCAGAGGAGAUUCGUCAUAUGUUUCAUGUGGCCUGGGUAGAUCCUGAGGACCCUUACAAGGGAUACAAAUAUUUAUAUCUGACCCCUCAAGAUUACAAGAGAGUCAGUGCUCUUAACUCUGUGCACUGUGAACAUGUGGAGGAUGAAGGAGAAUCCAGGUACAAGAUAACUGAUAUCAUUGGGAAGGAAGAAGGACUUGGAGCAGAGAACCUUCGAGGUUCUGGAAUGAUUGCUGGAGAAUCCUCGUUGGCCUAUGAUGAGAUCAUCACCAUUAGCCUGGUUACAUGCCGGGCCAUUGGGAUUGGGGCUUACCUCGUCCGACUGGGACAGAGAACCAUCCAGGUUGAGAAUUCUCACUUAAUUCUGACAGGAGCUGGGGCCCUCAACAAAGUGCUCGGGAGGGAAGUGUACACCUCCAACAACCAGCUCGGGGGCGUCCAGAUCAUGCACAACAACGGGGUGACCCACAGCGCCGUCUGUGAUGACUUUGAAGGGGUGCUCACCGUCCUGCACUGGCUGUCCUACAUGCCGAAGAGUGUGUACAGUUCAGUCCCUCUCCUGAAUUCCAAGGACCCUAUCGAUAGAGUCAUCGAGUUUGUUCCCACCAAGGCUCCAUAUGAUCCUCGUUGGAUGCUGGCGGGCCGUCCUCACCCAACCCAGAAAGGUCAGUGGUUGAGUGGAUUUUUCGACUAUGGCUCUUUCUCAGAGAUCAUGCAACCCUGGGCCCAGACUGUGGUGGUCGGCAGAGCCAGGCUAGGAGGAAUACCCAUGGGAGUAGUUGCUGUGGAAACCCGAACAGUGGAACUGAGUAUCCCAGCUGAUCCUGCAAACCUGGAUUCUGAAGCCAAGAUAAUCCAGCAGGCUGGCCAGGUUUGGUUCCCAGACUCUGCGUUUAAGACCUAUCAGGCUAUCAAGGACUUCAACCGCGAAGGGCUGCCUCUGAUGGUCUUUGCCAACUGGAGAGGCUUCUCUGGUGGGAUGAAAGACAUGUACGACCAAGUGCUGAAGUUUGGCGCUUACAUCGUGGAUGGCUUGCGGGAGUGCUCGCAGCCUGUGAUGGUUUACAUUCCUCCACAGGCCGAGCUCCGCGGUGGCUCCUGGGUCGUCAUUGACCCCACCAUCAACCCGCGGCACAUGGAGAUGUACGCGGACCGAGAAAGCAGGGGAUCAGUUCUGGAGCCAGAAGGGACAGUAGAAAUCAAAUUCCGCAGAAAGGAUCUGGUGAAAACCAUGCGUCGGGUGGACCCCAUCUACAUCCACUUGGCUGAGCGAUUGGGCACCCCCGAGCUAAGUGUGGCCGAGCGGAAGGAGCUGGAGAGCAAGCUGAAGGAGCGGGAGGAAUUCCUCCUUCCCAUUUACCACCAGGUAGCUGUGCAGUUUGCUGACUUGCAUGACACACCGGGCCGGAUGCAGGAGAAGGGUGUUAUUAAUGACAUCCUGGAUUGGAAGACGUCCCGCACCUUCUUCUACUGGCGGCUGAGGCGUCUCUUGCUGGAGGACCUGGUCAAGAAGAAGAUCCACAACGCCAACCCCGAGCUGACCGACGGCCAGAUCCAGGCCAUGUUAAGGCGCUGGUUUGUGGAGGUAGAAGGAACAGUGAAGGCCUAUGUUUGGGACAACAACAUGGACCUGGUGGAGUGGCUGGAGAAACAGCUGGCAGAGGACGAUGGCGUUCGCUCGGUGAUAGAGGAGAACAUCAAGUAUAUCAGCAGAGACUACGUGCUCAAGCAGAUUCGCAGCUUGGUACAGGCCCAUCCAGAGGUCGCCAUGGAUUCCAUCGUCCACAUGACCCAGCACAUCUCACCCACUCAGCGAGCAGAAGUCGUUCGGAUCCUCUCCACGAUGGACUCCCCAUCGACGUAGGAAGAGCUUCCCGCCCCUGGCCCUGCCUCCGGAGAAAAGGGCUAGAGCUGCCUUUCACACCUGAAACCACUGUAAUGAGAAGGCACAGGAGACCAGCACUGGAAUCAAAGUGGUAUUUUGCUCCCCCUGGAUGCUUUCAGGUUGCUCAUGACAUAGUGGGACGCAGGGUCGCAAGCCCCCCGCUCCAGCCCGCCGGGCACACCCACCCCGUUCAGUAUUUAUUACCCUGGCUAUGACUGCAGUCCUCGCUCCCCGCCCAGGACCUAAGAAGGCAAUGACAGGUACACACAUGUACCAUGAGGUCUUAACUACACGCACGCAGGGCCGUCCUCCUGUUCCGACUGCCCCUUGGUCUGGCCCCGGGGAGUGGGAGUUGCUGGCAGGCAGUCAGCAGCCCGCGCUCGCCCCUGGCCCUGUGAGCCUGCAGCCACCAGCGGCAGUGGAGGGCCAGGGCUGAGGCCACAGGCCCAGCACCAGGCAUGGGGAGAGGAGGAAGCCUUACCCCACACUCAGCCUGGUACACACCAGGCACACAGUUUCAUCACACCAAGGUACGGCUUAUGAAGAAAAAUGAGAGCAUGAGAUCUGCACAUUUCUCAUCUUUGACUCAAAGAUGAGGCCAAAACCACGAUCCAAGAAGCAGAGAAAGCAGAGACCAAGUCACUGUUGUCGAUUCAGGGGCCUCGACCGGGGGCUGUCUUCUCAGAACAAGUGCAGAGACAGUUGACCUGCCACGGCCCCCUGUGCCACCGCUCGGCUGGCUGAGGCGCCCGGGGGUCCCACUAGCAGAGGAGGCACCGGGGGAGCUGCCCUUCCUGUCACUGAUGGAAAGUAGUCAUCAUGUGACAGCGAGAGUGGGCCAGCCGGUCUCCAGAAGGUCGUUACGAUUAAGCCUGGAGCUUUGAUAGCUACAGGAGGUUAAUAGUGCCUACGGGCCACCAUCUCUGUUUCUGGGGCCACUCUUCCCGCAGCUGAUACUCCUACUUGCUUUGGGUCUUGUUUCUUCCUCGAAUGUAUCCAGGCAGCAGGCGCAGCCAGUCUCCCCACAGCCAUGGAAAGGAGUCCUGGUGACAUCAGUGCUCUCGGCGCCAGGAACUGACCUCUCCCACUGUGGGGAAGCUUCCAGGCGACACAGAAUUCACGUGACCUUAAGACUGUCUACAACCCCAUCAUGGUGCUGCUGUCUUCCAGGCUCACGGGCCCCUCCCUGGUCUCCUCAUGGAUGAUGGAGAGUUUAUUUUCAACAACCAGUUCAUUCAAGAAAAGAGCUUCCCAACCCACCCCUGGCUGGUGUUCCUGAAACAAGAGUGGCAGGUAAUCGGGGCAGGCGUAGCAUCUGGUUCCUACAGUGCAGCUAAUUGCAUUUGUCACUGAUGACCAAGGAGGAAAUCACUAGGACGUCUGAGAGGCAGCACUAUGAAUACUUCUGUACCAGCUACAGCUUUGAGCCUUAACCCUACAAUUCACACACAAGAAAGAGCUCCCCUCCCCUCCUCAGGAACUGUUUAUGCUGAUGGGCACCGUGUGGCUGGAUGUGUGGCUGGACGGGUUGCCACCUGCCCCCAGGAGCCUGGAGCCUCAGGCCAGCUGCCCUGCUGCGGGGGUUCAGCGCCAUCCCAGCCAAGAAGGGCAGGACAAGGUGGGGAACACUUUUCAGUCCAGAAGAACGUCCACUGUUGCUGGUAUUUGCUUACCCAGUAAGAAUUGGAUUCACCUUUGACCAGAUAAUUCCUCUACACUUUUCUACAAUAAAGAAAAUUCCAUACACCUACAGGUUGUGUGAAGUCCUGUGCUUGCCCUGGCAUUUCUUCAGGGGCUGUGUGGGUGACGCUUGUUUACUGCCCUCCCUCCCCGCCAACCAGAGCAUCUCCCUUUAGGUCUUACCUGGGCAGGGCUCUCUCUUUUGGAAAAGUCAGAAAGAGACACAGCCCGUUACACACGCGAGGUUGCCAAGGCAGGAGGAGGGGGAACCAUGUAUUGACCAAGGCUCGCUGAGCUAAGGUCACCACGCUGUCCGUUCACUUCGGUCACAAAGCAGCCCUCACUUGUCUUAUUGAGAAGUCGAUGGACGCACAGCCUGAUGAGCAAGGAGCGUCAAUCAAAUGUAUUCAUGUUUUGUUGAAAUAAACCUCCACAAUUGUAGACAAGUCACUGUGUGUCAUGUCAGCCCAAGUUCAGCACCUCACUCUGGUCCCAUUCUGGGCAGGGGAGCUUUGCAGGGCAAGUGCUAUCCCUGCUGAAAGUAGAACCAGUGUAAGGAGAGUGGCACGUGGUGCUUCUGCAAACGACGCCAUUUCCAGCCCGGGUGGUUUUCGGGUCCACGUACCCUUCACGGGCUAGGCGGUUUCAUGGGUCUUGAAGUAAACACAAAGAUUUGAACCUCUUGUUGCAUGAUUUGUGGCGUUUUCUGGGUCAAGUGAAUAGCAAACCAUUUCCAGAGAUCACUUCAGGCUCCUUUUAUGGAGAGGUUUUAGAGUCUCCAACUAAGUUAGCUACUUCAUGGCUUUUGAAUGCUAACUUUGGGCACAGAAAGGCACUAGGGGCAGGAAACACACACUUCUGUGCCUUCAACCCUCUGUCUCAGUUUCUGUGAAUCCACGUGGUUGAAGCAGGAAUAACAUCUGCAAAGAAAGGCACAGGCCACAAGAGAGGAGAGAGGGGAAGCACCAGCCUUUGCUGACUAUUAAACUCUUUAGGAUGUACAGCAAAGCAAAGGAUGGCUUUUUAAAAAAUGAAAUAAAACAAUUUAAAAAAUAUUUAUCAGUUGGAAUCACCCUAAGCUAGAUGUUCUAGAAGGGGGAGCAGGAAGAAGAUUUAGGAUCCAGGGGAAGUUGCCGCUCUUUGCCUCCAGCUGCUGCCCUCCAUGGGCGGGGAGUGCUGGUCGGCACGGAGGCCUUGGGCCUUCUUCCCUCCUCCCUGAACAGCCAGAUGAGAACAAGACCCCAAGUGUGACCUUGAUGCUGUCCCUGUUCUCAGCCAGCGCCUGUUGGUGCUCCUCAGGAAGGUCGGCAAGAUGAAUGGGAAGAUUGCGCUGCUGCCUCUGGGAACUUGUCUGAUACAUAUAGUGCUUUCAUGUGUUGGGGAGUGAUAUUUCUUUCAUCAGUCUUUUUAAUAAAAGAAAAUUUUAAAUGUCCAUUGGUAUUACUUUGG